UUUGCUCCUAGAAAGAGCGUCAGAGAGAAAGCCAGGCUGCGCUUGAGAGAGUUCGAUGUGGGGGACAGGUUCUCCCACUUGCCGCUGGCCAAAGCCUCUGUCCUCCUGCCGCUGAUGGUGAGGGCGGGGAAGCUGCACCUGCUGCUCACGGUGCGGUCCAUGCAGCUGAGAAGAUCACCAGGGGAAGUGUGUUUUCCAGGAGGCAAAUGUGAAGCAAUUGAUAAAGAUGAAAUUGAUACUGCUGUUCGAGAAGCAAAGGAAGAAGUGGGACUCCAACCAGAGAAGGUGGAAAUCAUCUGUAGGCUUGUGCCUGGAAUUGAUAAAAUGAAUUACUUGGUAACACCAGUUGUAGGAUUUAUACAGGAUACAUUCCAGCCUACUCCUAAUCCUGAUGAAGUAAGCAAUGUUUUUGUCAUGCCAUUGGAAUACUUUGUCAAGCCCUUGAAUUACCAGACUGUGCCUUAUAAAACCUCAUCUGGUUACCAAGGUCGGAUGCAUUCCUUCACAUAUGAUGACCCGGAACAUAAAACGUCAUUCAGGAUAUGGGGACUUACUGCCCACUUUGCUGUAUUCCUUGCUCUUGUAAUUUUUAGAAAGAGACCUACUUUUGAAGUUGAUUAUGAUCUGGACAACUUAAUUUCAUCCUCUGAGAAUUACUUCAUGAAUUUAUAUGCAUCCAUGUAUGAAAGAAAGAAGAGUAAUAUAUAG